AUGCAAUGGCGACGAGCCUUCGCCACGUCUGUCGCCAGACUCAAUCAGAAUCCGACGGCUAAAUCUCGAGUACUGCGAUGUGCUCAAAUUCUCCAAUCGGGGAAAGGUGCGCCCUGCAGCUUGGAAGACCAGGAGAUCAAGGUGAAUGGGUUUAUUCGUUCUCUUCGCAAACAGAAGAAGAUCGCUUUUGCCGGCGUCUCGGAUGGCUCUACCGUUGAGUUAGUACAGGCACUGAUGAAGCCAGAACUAGCAGCCGAUCUAUCUACAGGCUCUGCAGUUACAAUGACCGGAAUAUGGAAGGCUUCCCCACCAGGCAAAACGCAGACCCAUGAGCUGGAAGUGACUAGCGUGGAAAUUGCCGGCGAAAUGGAUCCAGAGACAUAUCCCAUCCAACCGAAAUACCAAAGUCCCGAUUUCUUGCGCCAGAUUCCUCAUCUGCGCUUGCGAACGCCUCUAAACUCGGUGUUUGCCCGGUUCCGUUCCGAAUGUCUAUUCCAGCUGGGCAACGUCUUCCAUUCCUACCCCAAUGGAGGCUUUGCGCAAGUGCAACCCCCGAUAAUAACAUCCUCUGACUGCGAAGGGGCAGGCGAAACAUUUACCUUGCUUCCCCGUGGUGCCACCGCCGAUACCGAGACUGAUCACUUCUUUCGGUCACCCAAAUAUCUCACAGUGUCGUCUCAACUACAUCUCGAAGCCUAUGCCGCAGAACUUGGGAACGUCUGGACACUGACCCCUGUGUUCCGGGCAGAAAAGAGUGAUACGCCGCGUCAUUUGAGUGAGUUUUAUAUGCUAGAGGCGGAAGCCAACUUCAUGUCGGAUUUGGAUGCGCUCACCGGCCAGGUGGAAUUCCUGCUUCGUGAUUUGACACGCAGGCUGUACGAUACCACUGCAGGUCAAGAUGUUUUAUCCUUCAACCGAUCUCCGGAUGGGAAAAAGCCCGAUCCAGAAGCAGAGGCGAGUCUACGUCAAAGAUGGUCCACUUUGAUGGACGGCCCUACAUGGCACCGUGUUACAUAUGCCAAAGCCAUAGAAAUGCUCCAGCGAGCAGUGGCUGAAGACGGUGCCUCGUUCGAAUACCCUCCAACCUGGGAUGGAGGCCUACAGCUCGAACAUGAAAAGUAUAUUGUGGAGGUUUUGUUCCAAGGCACUCCGGUCUUUGUCACAGACUAUCCCAAGGCUGUCAAGCCAUUCUAUAUGGCUCCUUCGCAUGUUGGUGAUGGCAAUGCGGAGCAGAGUAGCACCUCGAGCGAAACUGUGGCGUGUUUCGAUUUGCUGUUCCCAGAGGUCGCCGAGGUCGCCGGUGGCUCUCUUCGUGAGCACCGCCUGCCCGACCUUAUCAAGAACAUGCGCGAACAUGGCCUAAUCAAGCCCCGAGCUUUUGAACCCGAGGAUGUGCCCACGGAGCCACUUUACCCUCACCUCUCUCCGACUGAGGACCUCAGUCAUCUUCAAUGGUAUGCCGACCUUCGAAGAUGGGGCUCAGUACCACAUGGAGGGUUUGGCCUUGGCUUUGAUCGGUUCCUGGGCUACUUAUCCGGAGUGUCUAGCGUCCGAGAUGUUGUGGCAUUUCCACGGUACUUUGGCCGGGCUGAUUGCUAA